AUGACGGAGCCUUCACAGCCACUUGUCGUCCCACCUUCAGUAGAGGGCACACCCCCGAGUCCCCCUCUGAGACGAUAUGAGACGAGGAGACCACCCACUACACUAGGGGCAAGCUCCGCUCGUCCCAAGAAGUCAGCUAGCCGCCCUCCUAAGAAGAAAGCAAGGAUAUCAGCUCCAAUUGAGCCAUCAGUGCCUUCAUCAGAGCCUCAGCCGCCUCCUAUAGAGUCUCAGAUUCCCUCUAGGAUGACUCUUGAGGUGAUUAUCAGGCAGCCCAUGGUCACUCAGCCACCCAUUGAGGAGAAGGUCCACAGGAAGAAGCUGUUGAGAGCGGAUGCCAUUCCACUUUUAUUCCCGAGGUUGCUCUGUCAGAUCUUAGAGCACUUGGGAUAUCCAUCUGAGCCUCAGCUUGAGCGCAGACGCCUUUUCCAAGAGAUAUUUACUCUCGAAAAAUGGACGAGUAUGAUAGCUUAUGAUGUAGAGCCAGAAGCCCCAGCUGGACAUGAGCAUCUAGAUAUUCCACAACCAGAGCAUCCAGAGGAGCCACAAUCGGUUGAGAUACCUGCGAACACGAGAGCACUUUCCUUUGUAGUGCCCUCUACAGAACCUAUGCCUAAGGUUGCAUCUUCUACUCAUCCUGCCACACCAGGGACUCCACCAGUUGUACCAUCUCCAUCCGAGCCUCCUCCUCCAUCUGAGUCUAGGAUCGCCAUAUCCAUUUCAGAGUUCAGAGGCCUAUGUCACACUUUGCAGACAUUGACCACUUCUCAAAGCAUCCUGACCCAGCAGAUGGAGGCCAUACGUUCCCAUCAGUAUCAGUUUAUCGCCACCCAGACCUAG